AUGCUUUCUCUCUCUCUCUCUCUCUCUCUCUCUCUCUCUCUCUCUCUCUCUCUCUCUCUCAGGACUCGAUGUAAAAAUCUCAACCAAUUCAUAUCUGUCAAUCUACCAAAUAUCUAUCUAUCUAUCUAUCUAUCUAUCUAUUCAGUGCGUUCAUAUCUACCCGCCUGUCUAGAUUUCUGCCUUCCAUUUUCCUCCUUUUACCCUCUCUUUUUUAUUUUGUUUAGCCUUCCUCUCUCACUUGUUUCUCAUUCGUCACUUCUUAUCUCUCCCUCUUUAUUGUGUGUGUCUCCGCUUGUUUCUCUCUUUCUCUGUCUUGUUUUUGUUUCUUCUACCGCUCUCAUUUUUUAUUUUGUUACUUCUCGCCGCCUCUCUUUUUGGUCGUCUUCAUUUUCUCGCUUUAACUCUCUCUUUCGUUUUAUCUCGCCUCUCACUUUCCCUCUUGUUCUUUUUUUUUAUCCUCCUCAUCUUCUUACUCUUUAUCUUUUGUUUUUCGUUCUUCUCUCAUUUUCUCCAUCUUUUGUUUCGUUUCGUCUCGGCUUCUUUGUUUAUAUUACUUUUCUCAUUCUCACUCUCUCGUUAUUGUUUCGUCCCCCCUCUCUCUCUCUCUCUCUUGUUUAUUUCCUUCUCUUGCUUGUUAAUGUUAUUUUUCUCAUUCUCACUCUCUCUUCUUAUUGUUUCGUCCUCUCUUUCUCUCUCUCUCUUGUGUUGUACUUCCUGUUGUACAUUGUUACUUUUCUAACUCUCUCUUUUAUUGUUUCGUCUUCUCUCUCUUUCUCUUGUUUUACAUCCUUCUCUCGCUUGUUUAUGUUACUUUUCUCGUUCUCACUCUCUCUUUUUGUUGUUUCGUUCUCUCUCUGUUUUCUCUCUCUCUCUCUCACGCUCUUUCUCUUGUUUUAG